AUGUCUUCUCUACGUAACGCAGUUCAAAGACGUAAUCAUAAAGAACGAGCACAACCACGCUCCAGGCAGAAAUAUGGAUUACUCGAGAAACAUAAAGAUUAUGUACUUCGAGCAAAAGAUUAUCAUGCAAAACAAAAAAGGCUCAAAAAUAUGCGAGAAAAAGCAUAUUUUAGAAAUCCUGACGAAUUUUAUUUUAAAAUGAUUAACAGCAACACUAAGGAAGGCGUUCAUGCAAUAGAACGUAAUUCAGCUUUUUCAGGAGAUAUGAUUAAAAUGUUAAAGUCUCAAGAUUUAAAUUAUGUUAAAACUCAACGUGAUCUCGGAAAUAAGAAAAUUGAAAAAAUCAAAAAUGAAUUACAUUUCAUCGAUCCAGAUAUUAUUCAAAAUGAUAUGGAAAUAGAUGAUGAGUCUUCAAAAGAAAAAAUUGGAUCAAAGCAACCUCAACAUAUAAUAUUCUUUGAUUCUAAGAAAGAAGCCAAAAAGUUUGACAUGGCAAAACAUUUUGACACUCUUCCUGAAUUGAUAAAUCGCAAGUUUAAUAGACCGCGUAUUAAAACAUUAGAAAAUGAUGUCAUUGUGACAUUAUACGAAAAUAAAUUAUUGAAAUAUCAAGAUCUUAAAGCUCGUAUAAACCGACAAAAUCAAUUGGAAAAAGUGGAGCAAGAGUUACAAAUUCAGAAAAAUUUGAUGGGAAAAGGGCGUAGAAUUAAAAUUGGUGUUGACAAGAACGGAUUACCAAUUUAUAGAUGGAAGAAUGAUCGGAAGAAGUGA